AUGGAGCGUCAGCUACGGCGGCGUCCCGUCGCACGGUGCGCGUUCUCUUUGAGGCUCUGUUCUCCCCCGCCCGUGCUCUCCCCCGUGCUCCCCCCCUGCUCUCCCCGUGCUCUCCCCCGCGCUCUCCGCGUGAGCAGGCUGGCGCUGGAGGUGGGGUGCGAGGCGUACAAGAAGCUGCUGCAGGCGCCUCCCUUAUCGUUCCAGUGCACAUCGCAUCGCACGUCCCCUGAUGCUACAGCUGAUGUGGUGUUCCCCUGCUCUCCCCCUGCUCCCCAUGGUCCCUAUGUGGUGGCACUCGAGGUGGAGUGUGAGGCUUACAAGAAGCUGCUGCAGGACCAUGAUCAAUCCAGUUCCCCCAUGCUCUCCCCCGUGCUCUUCCCCUGCUCUCCCCCUGCUAUCCCCGUGCAUGCGCAGGUGGCACUCGAGGUGGAGUGCGAGGCUUACAAGAAGCUGCUGCAGGACCAUGAUCAAUCCAGUUCCCCCGUGCUCUCCCCCGUGCACUUCCCCUGCUCUCCCCCUGCUAUCCCCGUGCAUGCGCAGGUGGCACUCGAGGUGGAGUGCGAGGCUUACAAGAAGCUGCUGCAGGACCAUGAUCAAUCCAGUUCCCCCGUGCUCUCCCCCGUGCUCUUCCCCUGCUCUCCCCCUGCUAUCCCCGUGCAUGCGCAGGUGGCACUCGAGGUGGAGUGCGAGGCUUAUAAGAAGCUGCUGCAGGACCAUGAUCAAUCCAGUUCCCCCGUGCUCUCCCCCGUGCUCUUCCCCUGCUCUCCCCCUGCUAUCCUGGCACUCGAGGUGGAGUGCGAGGCUUACAAGAAGCUGCUGCAGGACCAUGAUCAAUCCAGUUCCCCCGUGCUCUCCCCCGUGCUCUUCCCCUGCUCUCCCCCUGCUAUCCCCGUGCAUGCGCAGGUGGCACUCGAGGUGGAGUGUGAGGCGUACAAGAAGCUGCUUCAGGACCAUUUCACCGACACUAGCAACCAGAUUCGCCUGCUGGCCAAUUUGAUGACCACGUUUCACUACAACAAGCCCCAGGGUACCCUCGACAGGGCCACGUUCAUGGGGUUCCUCAACGACACGCAGUACGCUCGUCCGCGUUUGAGGGACGUCUCGUUUGCCGCUAGUGUGCCGCGCGCAGAGAGGGGGGCGUUUGAGAGGGCGCAGGGCAGCGGCUUCUGCAUCAAGCACGACAUGGCAUGUGCGGAACAGCAGUCUGACUACGCGCCCAUCCUCUACACCACGUCAUCGCAUGAGCUCAUAGGACAAGACAUGCUCUGGGAUGCGUUCCCAGCCAACAGGGAGGCAGUGAUUCGAGCGCGCGACCAGGGCGUAAUGGGGGCACUCACGCCUCCACUGCAGAUGGCAGUCGACUCAAUGGGAGGCAUCAACGUCGGCAGCAGCAGCAGCACGGGCGCCUCAGGCAACACCGUAGCCUCCGAAGCGAGCGGCAACCGCGACCUAAACACCCUCAUGUUGCGCAUUUACCCGGUGUAUCAGGAGCGUACCCCCCCGGACGCCGGGGCUAGCGUGGCUGAGUUCCGAUCCAAGUGCCGCGGUUUCAUGUCGGCUGUGAUUGAUUUUGAGCCGUUGAUUAAAUCGCUGCAUCGGGAGCACAUGCCGAUGCUGGUGAGGGUUUACGAUGUGACCAACGGGAGCAGCGAGGCUCAGACGGGGUACUAUAACGCCGCUAACACCGCCGCCCGCGGGAACGGCAGCAGCGGCAGCACCACCACCACCAGCGGCACGACCAGCAGCAUGACUUCAGCAAGCGGUGGCAGCACCACGCCGGUUCAGAGAACCGACAGCGGCACCAGUGGCAACACCAGCAGCAACAGCACAGGGGGCAGUGGGCACGUGGUUGGGUUUGGGGACACGAUGGCAGUGCCGGGGGAGGUGUUGGGGCGCGGCAGUGUGGAGCGGCUGAUGUAUGAACCACAGGACCACCGGCUGGCCAAGGGGCAGAGCGACAAGUAUAACUACGUCACCACCAUGGACCUGGGGGACCCGUACCGACAAUACGAGAUCCGAUGCAGGUACCUGGAUUACUACGUAUUCCCCUACUCCUCCCUAGGGUGGGCGCUCGUUAUAGUCACGGUGAUGUCGCUGCUGGGGUACGUGUGGUGGGUGGCGAGCUCGCACGUGCACCAAUUGGAGCACGACUUCCACCGCAUGGAGCUGCUAAAGGACAAAAUGAAGGCCGCCCGCAACGUGGCGGAGCGCGCCAGCAAGGCCAAGGGGACGUUCCUCGCCACCAUGUCGCACGAGCUGCGCACGCCCAUGAACGGCGUCAUAGGCAUGCUGAACCUGCUGCUGGAGACGCCUCUCACGAUCACCCAGCUGGACUACGUGGAGACGGCUCGCACCAGUGGGAGGGCGCUGCUAGAGCUGAUCAACGACAUCCUCGACCUCUCCAAGAUCGAGGCACAGAAGAUGCAGUUGGAGCGGGUCCCCAUGGACGUGCGCGUUGAGGUGGACACGGUACUCACCAUGUUCAUCGAGCGCUUCCGAGACAAGCCGCUGCUGCAGGUCGCAGCCUAUGUUGACCCGCUCGUGCCCGCUGCCGUGCUGGGCGAUUCCCUGCGUUUACGCCAGGUGCUCAUCAACCUGCUGUCCAACGCGUGCAAGUUCACUGAACGUGGACACAUUUUCGUCGCCAUCCGCACGGCGGAACCAGACGAGGACCUGCGCAAGCUGACCCUGAGCGGGCGCGAGGCGGUGGAUAGUUGUAACAGCUGGGUGGUGCUGGGCGCGAGACGAGACAAGUGGCGCGAAGAGGGGAUGCGACGGGCGGAGAAGAGGGAGGGGAAGAGGAAUGGUGGGGAGGGAGGGACGGGGGACGGGGGGAUGGAAGGGGAGCGAGGAGAGGAAGGAGAGGGUAGUCGAAAGGGAUUUGGAGGAGGGGGGAGUCCUCUGCUGAAUGGCCCGAUCGUGCGACUGGUCAUCUCUGUUGAGGACACGGGCGAGGGCAUCCCAUACCCUGCACAGCGAACCAUCCUCAAACCCUUCAUGCAGGCAGACGCCUCAACAACGCGCACGCACGGCGGCACGGGCAUCGGGCUGUCCAUCUCGCGCCACCUGGUUGACCUCAUGGGCGGCAAGCUCUCCUUCACCUCGCGCCCGGGUGUCGGCACCACCUUCUUCUUUGAUGUGGUCAUGCCAUGUGAUAGCCGGGACGCCUCGCCACUACACCUCCUCCAGCUGACCGAAGCAAGCUUAUCUCAAUUCUCCGCCAUUCUCCUCGACGACCGCCCGGUGAGGUUCGGCGUGAUGGAGAGCCUGCUUAACAGGCUCGGCAUCCCGGUGCUGAACACCCCCGAAGCUGUUGCCGAACCUAUUGUGCGCAUUCCAAACCCCAGCUCCCUCCUCACCGCUCCAGCUGCAGUGGGCGCAGGAGUGGGUAAGCGGCCGGUGAUUGUAGUGGUGGAUGAGGAGUGGCUGGGGCGACACAACAAGGCAGUGCUUCAACACAAGAAGAAACAGAGCGAGGGGGAGGGGCAGGGGGGACAAGAGGGACAGGAAGGGGAGGAGGUGCGGGAGGUGCAGGAAGGGCAGGAAGUGGGGAAGAAGAGGGCACGGAAGGAGGGCGAGAGGUGUAUCAGCAGCAGCAGCUGCACAUGGCAUUGGCUUGCAGCGAGUGCCAUGGCCGAAGCAGGCUACGAGGCGGCUGCUGGAAGCCCUUCCUCCGUGCCGCCCGCUCUGCCGUCGGGAGCGUCGAUGCGCAAGGAGAGUGAUGGAGCAAGGCUGCUGUGCCAGGCGCUCAAGGGGAAGAGGAUUCUCGUGGUGGACGACAACAUGGUGAACCGCAAGGUGAUGGCGCGUAUGCUGCAGCGGUAUGGAGUGGAUGUGGAGACGGUGGAUGGCGGGGCCAAGGCUGUCAAGGCCGUGCAGCAGGCAACUACCAGAUUUGAUUGCGUCUUCAUGGACGUGCAGAUGCCGGAGAUGGAUGGGUUGGAAGCUACGGGACUCAUCCGCAAGUAUGAAGCUGGUGUGAGAGGUGGAAACACACAAAAGGACCGGGGAACUGAUCGACUAUUGGCAGAGAGUGCGGCGCUGAACGUUGUUGCGAUGCCGUUCUUCGAAGCUCGCCGCGCGUUUGAUCGUGCGCUGGCGUCAGACACGUGGACAGACCCCGUUAUAGUCACAAGAGCCGUUAGAAGGCAGCUAGGACUAACUGAGCCCGCAGAAACAGCUUCUGUGUCGGCUAAAGGGAACGGAGCUGCAGCUUCUGCUGGGGAAAAGGGAACGCAGGGAGAAAUCGAGAACGCAGCAGAAAUGCUAGAGCAAACAGCCACUAGCGCAGUCGAAGCAACAGAAAAGGGAACGCAGGGAGAAAUAGAGAACGCUGCAGAAAUGCUAGAGCAGGUAGCUACUGGUGCAGCUUCUUUUGGGAGAAAUGGAACGAAGGGAGAAAUAGAGAGUGCAGCAGAAAUGCUAGAGCAAAUAGCUACUGGUGCAGCCGAAGCGACAGCUAGUAACGGAGCGGGAGUAGAAGCAAGCGACGGGGAAGCCAGCGGAUGGCCUCUUCGCAGCCAGACGGUUCAGACGGCAUAUCACAACUCCCCAGACGGCGCCACGAAUAACAGCAACUCAGCCGCUCCAGCCGACCCUCCACCCACCGAAGCCCUCCCCCCAUCAGCAGCAGCACCGGCCAAAGCACCUGAAUCCCACUCCCAGCCCCAACCCGAGCCAGAGCCCCGUCUGACGCACGAGCAGUACUCAGGACUGGCGGAGGGCACGGAAAUGGAGAAGGUGGUGGCAGCGCGGGUGAGGGACACGGAGGGCAUGCUGGAGGCACUGCGCAGUGCGGCGGGCAGCAGCUACGAGGACAUGGCUCUGCACCGCGAGGAGUCGCGAGCUCACCCCGAGGCCUUUGGGCAUCGCGACUGGCGGCUGAAGGAGCAGAGCAAGAGCCACAGGGUGAUGUACCGCCCAGGCGCAGAGGGAACGGCCUUCCACGAGCUGUGCCUGGAGGGCGUGCUCAAGGGAUCCCUCGACACUGUGCUCGCGGUGGCGUGGGAGGCUCCAUUCUUCAUUGACUGGUGGCCGCAGUUUUCAGUGCCGCCUUUCCACGUGCUCGAGUCCAAGUUCGUCAAGAGAGUGGCGCCGGGAUACGAGCUCGUAUACGUCCGCUUCAAGGUGCCAUGGCCCUUUGCCCAGCGUGACAUCCUCUACGUGCUCUUCUCCGUGCAUGACGCCGCCACUGGCUUCAUCGCCACCUCCCUCAUCUCUUUCCCAGAAGAUCCAGGUGCCUUUGACCCUGACUCGUAUGGCUUCACCAAUGACGGCGUGCCACGUGUGCGCUCCGGGGAGGUCCGCAUGAGAGUGAAGGGCGGCUUUGCCGCCAAGGACCUUGGCAACGGCCACUGCUACUUCCGCGGUGUGGCAACGAUUGACAUGCAGCUGAACCUCAUCCCAUCGUGGCUCAUCAACUUCGUGUCGCGACAGCUGGCGGGGUCUGGUUACCACAUGCUCUACAACGAGAUAGAGAGUGUGGCGGACGGCAGCAACAAGGAGGCGGACAAGUUCCGUGCGCUGCUCCUCACAGACCCUUUCUACUACUCCGUCGGCCGCGCCAUGCGCUCCCACCGUGCGGCAGCAGCAGUACAGAGCGAGUGA